GGUUGCUUGCGGGUGGCUGCAUCCCGGCUUGAUGCAGCGAGUGUUAUCAGUCUACAUAUUCCAGAUAAUUAACACAUUUCAUAAAAGACGACGCGGGCUCGUUUGUGUCGCAGACGUGGCAGAAGAUGGUGGCUAAGCAGAGAAUCCGCAUGGCGAACGAGAAACACAGCAAGAACAUCACACAGAGAGGAAACGUAGCCAAGACGCUGCGACCACAAGAGGAAAAGUAUCCAGUGGGCCCCUGGCUGCUCGCCCUCUUUGUAUUUGUUGUGUGUGGAUCAGCCAUAUUUCAGAUCAUCCAGAGCAUCCGUAUGGGAAUGUAAUCCAGAAGAAGAAGAACAUCUGCACUCACUGAGCCUGGUCGUCCACCACCCUCUCCGAAAGAGCCCAGAGACUGCCAGCGGACCUCAGACACGGGCGGGCGACCCUACCCCCUCCCCACAGCACCGCCACACACACAACACACAUUGGCAGUAGCAACGUGUUGCAGUCUGUGGUGCCGACAGCUUUUCUAUGGACAGUUUAAAAGCACGCCGGCUGUGUCUUGUUACUCACUUGGCUCUUAUCUCUGGGAACGUGCGAGACUGUUUAUGUACACGAGUGUGUGGCCAGAGAUUUCUGCUGACAACGUGCCAUUCUUGCUUCUUGCAAUAUUCAUCAAGACUCUUUUUAUUCAAAUAAAUAUCAAGCAUUUAGCAAA